AUGCUUCUUAUCUCACAGAUCUAUGUACGCUCGACUGACUACAAUAGGACGAUUAUCUCAGCAAUGUCGAACCUGAUGGGCAUGUACGGUUACAACCAUAACCACAGCGUCCCAGGAAUCGAUUACCCGGAAGUAGAAGGCUGGCCUGCAGAAUAUGUUCCUAUAGCGGUCCACGUUGCUGAACGCAGCACUGACCACGUGGGCUUUUUGAAAAAUUGA